CGUAGGAAGAUGAAGAUGUUGAGAUACAAAACUUAACCAGAAGGAUCAGGUAUUAGAUAAACAUAAACCCACAAGAAACAAAAUGAAUCCUUACGCGCCUGGCGCUGCAGCGAUGAGUCGACCCGGCGGUGUCGGUGCGUCAUCGCUUAGCAGGCCAGGCAGCGCUGGCGUCGGCGCCUCAUCGUCGAUGAGCAGACCUGGUAGUGCGGGAGUAGGCGCUACGUCAGCUGGCAUUGUAGGCGGCUUGACAUCGAGCGCAGCAGCAAAGGCUUCGAGCAGUUUAGUUGGUGGUUUGACUAGUGGCGCUGCAGCAAAGGCGACAUCUUCUAGUGGCCUUGUCGGUGGCCUCGGAGCGGCAAAAGCGUCUGCAGGAGUAGUUGGGGGACUGACAUCUAGUGCAGCAUCUAAAGCAUCGGCUGGCGCAGUUGGGGGCUUGACGGCCGGCGUCGGAGCAAAACCGUCAGGUAUUGGCGUUGGGGGCGGUCUUUCGUCCGCAUCGGCUGGCGUUGGAAGUAAGUCAGUAACGAUGGGCGGAGUGUCAUCUACUUCAGCUUCUUCUAGUCUGGCUAGACCAGGAAGUGCUGGCGUAGGUGUUGGAGCCAAGCCAGGCACUUCUACCGGUUCUACCGCUUCACCGUAUGGUGCCAAAGCACCAGGCACCACCGGCUUCGGAUCGACAUCACCUUACUCCAGCAUGGGUGGGGCUAAAGCAGGCGCAACAGUUGGAUCCACAUCGCCAUAUGCAGGCGUGGGUUUGAGUAAAGCUGGCGCUGGUGUAGGUGUCGGCGGCAGCAGUGCUUCGGCUACGACAGCAACAGGACUUGUGGCGGGUGCGAAGGUUGGUUCUGGGGUGCAGAGCUCAGCUUCGAAUCCUCGUGGAAGUGUCAUCAUCUCGCAGCUGGUGGAUGGUAACGAUAUCAAGACUUCGUUCUUAGAAGUAGAUUCUUCAUGUGCAGAAUCUCGCAAAAUCCUUCAUAUUAGCAUUAAGGUUGUUGAUAGUUGCCCUUUUCUCCUUUAUAUCUUCCUCUGGUCUGUCUUUUUUCUAGUUAGGUCGGCUCCGCCACACAUGUUCGUAAAAAUGAAGUAGAUUCAUGCGCAGAAUCUCGCAAAAUCCUUCACCUUAAGCUUGAGGUUGUCCAUGACACAUUCUCCUUCUCCCAACAGAUUCCAAAGCACGAGCAGGAGCCGGAGGUGUGGUUACUGAUCCGACAGGCCCAUCGCAAAUGCCAAUGGUCCAAGCAACGGCGCCUAUGCCACCACCGGAAAAGCAAGAUGCUGCUGCGUCGUGGUAAGUACGAACUUCUCUUUCUAGUUCCUUCCCCUUGUCAAGAAGUUCGUGGACGUCACAGGAUUCCCUCUUAUUAAGAGGCUGACAAUUCGGAUCUCUUCACCAGGUUAAGCAAGCUCGAUUCAUACAAAGCUGAAGAGGAUCAGAAGAAAGCCGACAUUGAGAGUCUCAAGGUCGCGAAGACACCACCGCAAACGACACCCCGUGACGACAAGAAAGACGAAGAGGAUGAUCUCUCUCCAAUGAGUUUCGCAGAAAAAACGGGUGGAUCCAUGAAGACGGUACUUGCUUUUCUGCAACCCUUCGAAUACAUAGUCGAAAAGACAUUUGUUGAACUCGAAACUAGAUAGAACCAUGAGCAUUCGAUUUUUGUCCAUACUCUCUCUUUCCACAGACGCUCGGCGGCCCUCCUCAAUACGGACCUAAGAUUCCGAAUAUAGCUUCCUUCUCCGUCGAUGCCCUCCGUCGUGGGUCACUGCAUUUCUACACGUAUAUGGGUCAAUACGAGCACGUCGACUUCUUACUCAAAGAGGCUGACCGAGUAGGGGACGGUUUUUUCGUCAACGCAACAGAAGCCUACGGCGAACGCACCGCAUUGCACUAUGCUUGCUUUCAGGGAGAAGUCGAAAUCGCGAACUUGCUCAUCGAAAAAGGAGCAGAUCUACAUGCGAGGGAUAAUUAUGGAAGGACCGUCAGGGGAUGAAUGGUUCCGGUAUUUGGUAACCUGAAUUUGAUCACAAGGGUUCUCUUCUUGUUUUGCCUUAUGAUCAAACCCCGGCUAUAGUCAAUACUCGCACAUCAAGGGGAGCAACUUAUAACAAUUAUUCAGGUUUUUAUCAAAUACCGGAAGCAUACAGGGGAUGGACAAGACGUGUAGUCUUUGCAGCUAUUCUCAGAACCAGGACGAGAGGUCUAGUCGUGGUUAGUUUUACUUCAUCACUGACGAGCAGAACUGCAUCAAAAUCAAUCUCAACAUCGUCUUCUACUUGUUCUUCCUGAUCCUGACCUCUAACGGCCAGAACGGCGAACCCCAAUGCACUACGCUUGCUUUCGUGGGGCUACGAAGAUCGUCCGUUCCAUGGUCGGCAUCGCGGUUCACCGAUUACGCGCUGACUCGAACAAGAAGUACCGGCAACUAAAACUCCAAGCUCCAGGCUACGACCCCGAAUACGGAGAAGAGGGCGGUUACGAGCGCAAGUGUGCGGCGCAGUGUUGUCUCGAGUACUUCAAGAACAUUGAGGAUUUGCGCUUCAAAUUUCUGGCUUCGGAAGAUCGGAAGGGCAUGA